CCGGAUCAGUGAGCUGUGGCGGCGGCUCCGUGGCGGCGGCGGAAAGCGCAGUUGCUCUGCUGUAGUCCACGCCCCCUUCCCGCUCCGGUGACAGUGUUCACCGAAAGUCGCGUUUGUGAUUUCUGGUGAGCAUCAAGCAGGACGUCGGCGUUCCUGUCGGGUCUUCCGGGCCCGGUGACGACGAAUCAGUGUCCCGGUGAACCAGCUUCUCACCCCUACGCAGCACACACUCCAGGGCCUGAAGAUGCUGAGAUCUAUGUGGAAUUUUCUGAAACGUCACAAAAAGAAAUGCAUCUUCCUGGGCACGGUCCUCGGAGGAGUCUAUAUCCUGGGAAAAUAUGGACAAAAGAAAAUCAGAGAAAUACAAGAAAGAGAAGCUGCAGAAUAUAUUGCCCAGGCACGACGACAAUAUCAUUUUGAAAGUAACCAAAGGACUUGCAACAUGACAGUGCUGUCCAUGCUUCCUACAUUAAGAGAAGCCUUAAUGCAGCAACUCAACUCUGAGAGCCUCACAGCUCUACUAAAAAACAGGCCUUCAAACAAGCUAGAAAUAUGGGAGGAUCUGAAGAUAAUAAGUUUCACAAGAAGUAUUGUGGCUGUAUACAGUACUUGUAUGCUGGUUGUUCUUUUGCGAGUCCAGUUAAACAUAAUUGGUGGAUAUAUUUACCUGGAUAAUGCAGCAGUUGGCAAAAAUGGCACUACAAUUCUUGCUCCCCCAGAUGUCCAACAACAGUAUUUAUCAAGUAUUCAACACCUCCUUGGAGAUGGCCUGACGGAAUUGAUCACUGUCAUUAAACAAGCUGUGCAAAAGAUUUUAGGAAGUGUUUCUCUUAAACAUUCUUUGUCCCUUUUGGACUUGGAGCAAAAACUAAAAGAAAUCAGAAAUCUCGUCGAGCAGCAUAAAUCUUCUUCUUGGAUUAAUAAAGAUGGAUCCAAAUCUUUCUUAUGCCAUUAUAUGAUGCCAGAUGAAGAAACUCCAUUAGCAGUUCAGGCCUGUGGACUUUCACCUAGAGACGUUACCACAAUUAAACUUCUCAAUGAAACUAGAGACAUGUUGGAAAGUCCAGAUUUUAGUACAGUUUUGAAUACCUGUUUAAACCGGGGCUUUAGCAGACUUCUAGACAAUAUGGCUGAAUUCUUUCGACCUACCGAGCAGGACUUGCAGCAUGGUAACUCCAUGAAUAGUCUUUCCAGUGUCAGCCUGCCUUUAGCUAAGAUAAUUCCAAUAGUAAAUGGACAGAUCCAUUCGGUUUGCAGUGAGACACCUAGUCAUUUUGUACAGGAUCUGUUGAUGAUGGAGCAAGUGAAAGACUUUGCUGCUAACGUGUACGAAGCUUUUAGUACCCCUCAACAACUGGAGAAAUGAUUUUCCCUCGAGAACUACAGUGGGAUUCACUUACACUGAAAAAAUAAACCACACCUAGAGUAACAGUUUGUUACUGAAAUGCCUAAUAAACAUAUAUUCUUAAACAAAGUCUCCAUUUCAUAAUGAAAUAGAUUUAUUUGACAUCUUAAUAUAUUUUUUAAAUUCAUCAACAGACCAGUUUCUGUGGGCAUAUCUCAGUGUACACACAGUGCAAAGAUCAGAAUUGUUAAUCAUUUGUUACUCCAUGGACAUUAGUUCCAAACUGACUAAAAACUAAUGUAGAUAAUGUUUUUAUAUGUGUAAUAUGUUGUGCA